CACAAGCUUCCAAUCAUCUUCCACAAUCUGUACAUAAAAGCUCCGCACAAACAACGCCGCCCAAUUCCAUUAAUUCCUCACUAAAAUUCUCUCAGAACUUGAAGAAAUCACUCAAAUUCUGCAUCAAUGUCGUCCGAAGCUACUUCCCCCCGUCAAUCUCAGGCAUUUCCAGCCGAAUUCUCAUUCAAUUUGAGCGACGGAGGCCUUCCGCUCUUCCUCCCCUUCAUCCUAGGCGUUGCCGGCCUAAAUCCGCCGCCCUACGCCCACGAUGACGAUCACCGCAGCGAUCGGCUCGUCCUGAUCAACCCGAUGACUCAGACAGUGGUAAUCUUGGAAGGCGCCGGCGAUGGAUCGGAGGCCUCAUUCGAUGAUCUGUUACCCUCGAAAUCGGGGCGGCCCCCGGCGUCGAAGGCGUCGAUCGACGCGUUGCCGAGUGUGGAGGUGGCAAGCGGCGGUGAGCAAUGUGCGAUAUGUUUGGAGGGAUGGGAAGAAGGCGAGAAGGCGAAGGAGAUGCCGUGCAAGCAUAGGUUUCACGGUGGGUGUAUAGAGAGAUGGCUGAAUGUAAGCGGCUCUUGCCCUGUGUGCAGGUAUGAGAUGCCGGUGGAGGACAAAAAGCGAGAGGAGGACUGGGGUUUGGAUGACCUUUAGUUUCGGCGGUGAUCGGCCGAGUGUUGAUGCCCAAAUCAUCAGAAUCCUCGUCAAACAGGGCAGGAUUAGGAUCACCAUCAUUCUUCAUUGCACAGCUUCUUUUUUUUUAAUUGGGUUGCCACCUUCUUGUAUAGAGUUUAUGUUGCAAUCUUCAAUUCGAAAUUGGAAUCGAGUUCAAAAUUUCUUGCAA